AAGGACAUCCCAGUAAAGCAAGGCAAUCACCCUGCCAACCUGUCCAUCCCCUCCAAUCUAACUUCUUCUAGCCACUAUAAUACACCCGCACGCGCGGCAUUUCCUUUUAAAAUCUUUCCACAGCCACAGAGGGAGAGGGGGAGAGAGAGAGAGAGUCUGCUUUUCCAUUGUUGACGUUGUGCAUUGCAGACAGCAGAGCUUCCUUUCCUCCUCCUCCUCCUCCUCCUCGUAUUAUUAUUAUUAUUCAGAACUAGCUGUACACAAACAUACCACGUUCACACAGACAACCACCACAGAUCAGUCCAAGUUAAAGCCUAGUACGACCACUACUAUUUUAUUUAAGUCGCUUUCUUUUCCUUUCUUUCUACUUCUCACAUGACAUGUACCUCUGCGUUCCUUUUUCUAUUUAUGCGUGUUGCAGCUUUUGGCAUUCUUUUAGCAGACACUAAAGAUCCCUUGAACUCCCUUAAACUACUAUCCAUCCCUGUCCUUUGGAUCUCCACCUUUCACCCUCUUCCUCCUCUGCCCCUCCCUCUACACUUGCAAAUACCUCUGUUUUCCUUCAAAAUUUUGUGCACGUAAAACAUGUACAAGAAGGAGAGAUGUUCAAGGGAAAGCACAUUCCAUCCAAGAAGAAGAACCCCGUCUUUCUCUUCAACUCUUCUUGACUCUAUUUACCGUUCGAUUGACGAAUCCAACGGUGAAGAACAACAUGUGCUAGGGAUCAAGAAACAGAGUUGCAACUCUGUUUCUACAACCAGGUGUGAUACGUCGUUUCUUGAAGAGGAGAAAGAGGUAUCUAAUACUCUUAGACGAGCCGUCAGGACUGAAAGCUGGAUGGAGAAGAAAAGCACCCGUGGCUCCAUGCAAUAUAAUUCCACUUCAAGCUCUUCAGAUUCUAGCUCUGCAGGAGGAGGAGGAAGCGGAGGAGGUGUGUUCUCGUCCUCCGAAAACGAGUCAAGUGUCAGAGGAAAUUCAAGUUCUUGCCAACAAAGAACAAAACCACUUUCUGAUAAACCACAUCAGAAACCGAAAUGUGAAGGAGGAGGGUUUCAUAAGACAAAGCUAAGAGCAUUAAAAAUCUAUGGUGAAUUAAAGAAAGUAAAGCAGCCGAUUUCACCAGGUGGCCGCAUUGCAAGCUUUCUAAAUUCUAUUUUCAAUUCAGCAAGUGCUGCAAAAAAAGUGAAAAUGUGCUCUAUUGGGGCCAUGGAUGAUGUAAGUUUUGAGCGUAAAUCAAAGUCUGCAUGCUCAUCGGCCACUUCCUUUUCAAGGUCCUGUUUGAGCAAAACACCUCCUCCGAGAGGGAAACCAAGUAAUGGCACAAAAAGGUCAGUUCGAUUCUAUCCUGUUAGUGUCAUUGUUGAUGAGGAUUCAAGACCUUGUGGGCAUAAAAGUAUUUAUGAAGAUGAUCCAGGAUUGAUGCCACUGCCUCGAGAAGUUGUCAAAAGUAGUUCUGUCAAGGAAGUAGAGGUUGCUAAAGGAGCAGCAGCAGAUUAUUUAAGAAGUUAUCACCAAAGGAAGAAUGUUAGUGAAUUUGAUUUCAGGGGUUUCCACAAUUAUGUUGCAGAUGACAGUGACAGUGACGACGAGAGUUGUACAAGCUCCGAUCUUUUUGAGCUUGAUCAUCUUAUUGGGAUUGGAAGGUACAGAGAGGAGCUCCCAGUGUAUGAAACCACUAAUUUCAAAACUAAUCAGGCCAUUGCUAAUGGCUUUUUCCCGUAAUAUUCAUGUUGUUACCAGAAUUACCGAAAUCCAAAUCAAAUCAUCAAUGCAAUUAAUGUUUUGGGGACUUAU